UUACAUUAGUUCUAUUUCUAGAGUUGCAUUGUUUCUCUUCACAAAGCUUGGAUAUUUCAGUGCAGAUCUGCUAGUAGCUAGGGAUAGAACGGAAUCCACUGUAGAUCAGCUCUUUUAAAAGAUGGUUCAAGAUAAUGGGAAGUGCUGGAGUACUUCGAAGAAGGAUUCUUGGAAGGGGAUGUUGCUGUUAGCUUAUCAGAGUCUUGGUGUGGUCUAUGGGGACUUGAGUAUCUCCCCUCUGUAUGUUUACAAGAGUACAUUUGCAGAAGACAUUCAACAUUCAGACACAAAUGAAGAGAUUUUUGGAGUUCUUUCUUUUAUCUUCUGGACCUUAACUCUUGUUCCUCUGUUCAAGUAUGUAUUUGUGGUUCUUCGAGCUGAUGACAAUGGAGAAGGUGGCACUUUUGCUCUGUAUUCUUUGAUAUGUAGGCAUGCCAAAGUAAGCCUUCUGCCCAACAGGCAGGUUGCAGAUGAAGCAGUGUCUACUUACAAACUAGAAUCCCCUCCUGAGACCAAAAAAUACUCAAGGGUCAAAGUUCUGCUUGAGAAGCACAAGUCGUUGCACACUGCUUUGCUAGUCCUAGUUCUGCUUGGUACUUGUAUGGUAAUUGGAGAUGGAGUGCUCACUCCAGUCAUUUCUGUUUUCUCUGCUGUGUCAGGCGUUGAGUUAUCAAUGUCCAAGGAACACCAUCAGUUUGCAGUGGUUCCAAUUACUUGCUUCAUAUUAGUUUGUCUAUUUGCCCUGCAACACUACGGCACACAUCGACUUGGAUUCUUUUUUGCUCCAGUUGUAUUGACUUGGCUACUUUUGAUUAGUACCCUUGGCUUAUACAACAUAAUCCGGUGGAACCCACAUGUUUAUCAAGCUCUUUCCCCAUAUUACAUGUACAAGUUCUUGAAGAAGACAAGGAAAAGUGGCUGGAUGUCUUUGGGUGGAAUUUUAUUGUGCAUAACAGGAUCAGAGGCAAUGUUUGCUGAUCUUGGCCAUUUUACAUACACUGCGAUCCAGAUUGCUUUCACUUUUCUGGUUUAUCCCGCUCUAAUUUUAGCAUACAUGGGUCAAGCUGCUUACUUGUCUAGGCAUCACAAUAUUGACACUAGCUAUCAGAUUGGCUUUUACGUCUCAGUUCCAGAAAGUGUGAGGUGGCCAGUGCUUAUAGUAGCCAUUCUUGCUUCUGUGGUGGGAAGCCAAGCAAUCAUAAGCGGAACAUUCUCUAUCAUCAACCAGAGCCAGUCACUGUGCUGCUUCCCAAGGGUGAAGGUUGUUCACACCUCUGAUAAGAUGCAUGGUCAAAUUUACAUCCCUGAGAUCAACUGGGUUCUCAUGAUCCUCUGCAUUGCUGUCACCAUUGGAUUCAGAGACACAAAACACAUGGGAAAUGCAUCAGGUUUGGCAGUGAUGACAGUGAUGCUAGUUACCACAUGCCUUACUUCUUUGGUGAUUAUACUCUGUUGGCACAAACCCCCUGUUAUUGCUCUUGCAUUCCUACUCUUCUUUGGCACUAUUGAAGCCCUCUACUUCUCAGCUUCCCUUGUGAAGUUCCUUGAGGGGGCCUGGCUCCCUAUCCUGCUGGCCCUAAUCCUUAUGACAAUCAUGUUUAUUUGGCAUUAUGCCACCAUCAAGAAAUAUGAGUUUGAUCUCCAGAACAAGGUCUCCUUAGAGUGGCUCCUAGCCCUGGGUCCCAGCUUGGGUAUUGCUCGAGUCCCCGGCAUCGGCCUAGUAUACACAAACCUCACUUCUGGAAUACCUGCAAAUUUCUCCCGCUUUGUCACCAAUCUCCCUGCCUUCCACCGCAUUCUUGUCUUCGUGUGUGUCAAAUCUGUGACUGUACCUUAUGUGCCCCCAGCAGAGCGUUAUCUUGUGGGUCGUGUGGGUCCUCCAGCUCAUAGGUCCUACAGGUGCAUUGUGCGCUAUGGAUACAGAGAUGUUCACCAGGACAUUGAUUCAUUUGAGUCUGAGCUCAUAGAUAGGUUGGCUGAUUUCAUCCGUUAUGAUGGUAGGCAGACCAAAGCAACUAAUCCAUGUAGAGAAGAUGAUGGAACACAUUCUAGUGACCCAACUGGAGAGUGUAGGUUAACAGUUAUUGGCACAGUAGCAUUCUCAGGCCAACCAGCUUAUGAGAUGGAUGAAAUUGUGAAUCCAGAAAGCAUAUCGAUUGGGCUCCAAACAGUAGAGAGUGUGACAGAAAUCAUAGAGAUGGAGCCCGUUCGUGUUGAGAGAAGGGUAAGGUUUGCUGUUGACGAUGAUUGUGAAACCGAUCUGCACUCUGGGAUGGAUAUGCAAGUGCAGGAGGAGCAGGAAGAACUGGAGGAGUUGUGGGCAGCUAAAGAAGCAGGGGUAGCAUUCAUGCUUGGGCACUCUCAUGUAAAAGCAAAGUAUGGAUCAUCGCUGCUAAAGAGAGCAGCAAUUGACCUGGGAUACAAUUUCCUAAGGAGGAAUUGCCGAGGACCAGAUGUGGCACUCAAGGUGCCACCAGUAUCUCUUCUCGAGGUUGGGAUGGUGUACGUCUUGUGAGCUGCACCUAUAUCUUGCUAGGCUGAUUUUGCAGCUUUUAAAUGAACCACUGUCAUGUAUUCAAGUAGAGAUGGUGAAUGCCUGGCUUCCGAGCACUGUGAGUGCCAACAUGAUUAAAUUUUUACACAAAAUAUAACCCUCUUACUAUUGUUGUAAAUGGUUGAAUACAAGUAUACAACUGCAGAGGACUGUAGAUGUGGAAAAGAGAAGCUUUCUGUUUGCAAA